AGGAGUGGUGAAAUCGAAGUCAUAGACAGCAUAUCGGCACUCGUUCUCAGGCAUACAUUUGGUGAAGUCGUCGAUUGGUCGUAGUGUGGACCUUUGCUACUCCUGUUAGAAUUUAGCGGGAACAAGAAUUUACCUUCACAGAAAAUACGAGUUGGUCAUUUUUCUUAACAUGGGUUUAUCACUGAUAUUAUGACUAUCCAAAUAAUGUUGAAGCAAACUACUCAUUGAAUCGAUAACAAAAAGAGAAAGCAUAGGAUUGUCUCAUUCAAAAAAUGCAACGACCAAAACAUUAUUUCUAAUAAAUUUUGGUUUACUGGUGAGGCAUAUAGAGUAAGCAACGAACUGAGCCCAACAAAAGCCCAUGUAUCAGUAGAUAAAGGCCUAUAACUGAAACAUGACUACGGCGAAAUCCAACGGGAAACAUCUCUGUUCUUUUUUUCUUUUCUUUUUUCUAUAAAAAGAGAGAAAGAGAGGCCACUGGCCUUUAUAUUCCAGGUGAUGCUUUUCUUAUUUUCCCCUUAAAAAAAUAAUUGAAUUGAUUUGUGUGUAAAAUUGUGGCCGCUAGAUUCUCUGCUGGCUACUGCCUUCUCCAACCAUAAUAUUAUUAUUCAUCGACUUUCUCGGUAUAUUAUUUGACUGGAUUCUGUUUACAUGCCUCACUGUCACUAUCCGGUUGAAUCACCAGAAUGGGUAGCGACUCGACAAGGCAUUACCGUUGUUGUUGACGAAGAAGAGACAAUUCCUUAUGGGAGGUCAAGGCUCUAAGAUUGCUACAUGUUGCAGGAAUUCGUCAUCACACAAAUUUGCUCUUCUUGAAGCUCCACAUGUUGAUAACGAAGAGAAUAGUGAGGUAACAGAUGUGCUGCCUUUUCGUGAAUACACACUAGAACAGCUUAAGAUCGCCACCUCUGGUUUCGCUUUGGACAAUGUUGUAUCUGAAGACGGAGCAACAGCUCCAAAUGUUGUCUAUAAAGGAAAACUGGAGAAUCAUCAGAAGAUUGCUAUCAAGCGCUUUUCUCGAAUGGCCUGGCCUGAUCCAUCCCAAUUCCUGGAAGAAGCAAGAUUGGUUGGUCAGUUACGCAGCAAAAGAAUGGCCAAUUUACUUGGUUGUUGCUGUGAAGGCGGCGAGAGACUACUUGUGGCUGAGUUUAUGCCUAAUCAGACGCUAGCCAGACAUAUUUUCCACUGGGAAACACAACCGACGAGAUGGGCUAUGCGACUACGGGUUGUUUUAUACCUUUCAGAAGCUCUUGAAUAUUCUAUUAACAAAGGACGCACUCUGUAUCAUGAUCUCAAUGCUUACAGAGUUUUAUUUGAUGAGGAAUGCAAUCCAAGACUUUCAACAUUUGGAUUAAUGAAGAACAGUCGGGAUGGGAAAAGUUACACCACAAACCCUGCUUUUACCCCUCCCGAGUACCUAGGAACUGGGAGAAUUACAGCGGAGUGUGUGAUUUACAGCUUUGGCACUCUUCUGCUUGAUCUUCUCACUGGAAAGCAUAUUCCCCCUAGCCAUGCACUUGAUUUGAUUCGAGACGGAAAUCUUGAGCGUCUAACCGAUUCCUGCUUGGAGGGACAAUUUUCUGACACUGAUGUCACCGAGCUAGUACGCCUGGCAUCUCGUUGUCUCCAGUAUGAUGCUCGUGAGCGACCAAACAUAAAAUCUUUGGUCCCUGCACUGAUAUCUCUCCAGAAAGACACAGAUGUUCCGUCACAUGUUCUAAUGGGUCUGCCUCAGAGUGGUACUUUUGUGUCACCUCUGUCUCCUUUAGGCGAGGCUUGUUUGAGAAAAGACCUGAACGCUAUGCUUGAGAUGUUGGAUAAAAUUGGAUACAAAGAUGAUGAAGACCUUUCGUUUCUAUGGACGGAGCAGAUGCAAGAGGCCGUAGACUGGAAGAAAAAAGGCGAUAUUGCGUUUAGACGGAAAGACUUUAGUGAAGCCAUUGACUGUUACACGCAGUUUCUUGAUUUGGGAAUGAUCUCUGCAACAGUCUUCGUGCGGCGAAGUCUAUGUUACUUAAUGAGUAAGAUGGGGAAAGAAGCCUUAGAUGAUGCAAUGAAGGCUCAAGGCAUUUCACCAGUGUGGUACGUUGCAUUGUAUCUCCAGUCUGCUGCUCUUGCUGUCCUUGGAAUGGAGAAGGAAUCCCAUAUCGCACUUAUUGAAGGGUCCAACCUUGAAGCCAGAAAGAUUUCAGCUUCCACACAGAACUAAAGACUUGUUUUUUUUUUUUUUUGGGGUUUUGGUAUAAGA